CUCAGGGAUCUCGAACUAGAAAUACCAUUUGACCCAGCCAUCCCAUUACUGGGUAUAUGCCCAAAGGACUAUAAAUCAUGCUGCUAUAAAGACACAUGCACACGUAUGUUUAUUGCGGCACUAUUCACAACAUCUCACAUUUCUAGAACAUCCACUGCCAGGUUUCCUUCUUACCUUUUGCCCUUUAAUUCCUGGGUUCGGAGUUGUGAGCAGAUUUUUAUAGUUGGUGGACAGAUUUCAUUUGUUUUGAUAAGAAGCUUUACCAACAUAGCAUUCCCAAAACAUGCCCCCAAACAACAUCACAUGCUGAAUUAAAAUAGAUGAAGUGAUUAGCUGGAUAAAUGUGCGUGUGUUUCCUUUUUAAAAACAAAAUAAAGUCAAAUAAUUUAUAUGAAACAAACAAAAAACAACUUUUCUAGCAGUCUGAAUGAAUUCAGGUUGUUUCACAUAAUGGCUUUCUGAAACCAUUUUUUGUAUAGUAAUUUUGACCAGCACAUCCACCUAUUCCCUACCCCACUUGCUCUUUUGCUUUCCAAAUGUUGAAUGAGUGUAAUUCCUUAAUAUAAAAAUAAUUGUGUUCUUAUAACCCAUUCAAAAUAUACCUAUGGAUAUGAAGAUGUGGUAGGGCCUAUACACAAUAGUUUCACUCAUAUCACCUUAGCCUGAAAAUACAUGAAUAAAAAACAUUUUUAGAAAUUAUUUUUCUGGUAUGUUGAAAGAAACUUUAUGGUGUGGUACAAAAAGGAUUUCCUGGGGAAUCAGGAGGUAUUAAUCAAUACCAAAAAGGAUUUAAAGUGGUUAAAUCUGGAGGUCUGGUUUUUUGUUCUGACUUUGUGACUUUGAGUAAAUCAUGAUCUCUCUGUCCCUCAGUUUCCUUCCUGUAAAAUGAGGGGAAAGCUUUUAAAAAUAUUUUUUCAUCUUAAAGGCUGUGUGAUUUUAAGUAGCUAUAUAUGUAGAUAAUCUUGCUUGCAUUUUCUAUCUAAAAGUCACAAAUAAAUGGAGAAAAGUUAGGGUGGGUAAUAAGGGAAGAAUAACGGACAUUUAUGUGGCUUGAGAGAGCACAGGCACUUUAAUUUUGUGAUGAGUUUUCUUAGCUUAACUACAUAUCAUAAUGUAUUAUUGAGUCUGUUUAAUGAUUGAACGAAUGCCAUAAACCAGGAAUUGUCAUUUGUCAGACAAACUGACUUCAUAGCCUAUGGGUGAUUUGGUAAAAGGGCUGUUUUUAACGGAAUGAAGUGCAACAUGGUUACUAUGGCUCCACUCCUCUCCACUGGCCACUAGAUGGAGAGGCGAUCCGUGUCCACUGCCUUGCCAAUAGCAAGCAGUUCCCUUCUGACUUCCUAAUGGCAAAGCUGCACUCUAUGCCUUUGGACAUUUCUAUGAAUACACACAUGACAUUUUGGAGAAGUCAUCAGAGAAUAUGUCCUAUUUCUAUAUAGGCAUGAUAUGAUAUUCAUGAAAUGCAAAAUACUCCUCUUUAGGCCAGUGUUAAUGUUGGUAGACCCAGUCGGCCAGUAUUACAACGGUGGUGUUAGUUGUCACAAUAGGGUCUAUUCUGCCUCUUACAAAUUUGUCCAUUUAGAAAGGACCCUGAAAUGAAUGUCAGCACGACAGUGCCACCUUGUGUCCCUGUUGCUGUGCAAGUAACUGAUGCAUGAGUUAGUGAAAAAAACAAACAACACCAAAAAAACAGGACAUUUGCAAAAAAUUGGCAAAUCGUUUCAGGCCCUGAUUUCAUAGUAGCUGUACCAAAAUUCUAUAAUAUGUUUUAGUCUUUGAAAUUUCUUAUUACCCAAGAAAAACGUAGGAUGUGUGCACUUUAUUACUUUUCUCCUACCAGGGUAUAUAAAAAAUUCUUUAACAAUUCUAGGCAUAAACAGGGAUGUAUUUAAUUUAGAAUUGGAAAUGGAGAAGACAGGGAUUGUCAGAGAUACUCACUUAAGCUCGGUCAUUUCAGGCACCGAGGUGCUCCUUCUCUCACAUUCCCACAGCAACUUUUAUAUGCAUAACUUGGCAAUAUCACCUCUCACAUUGUAUUGCCAUUGUUUGUAAGCACAUCUUCCAACUAAACCUUGAGCUUCUUGAGAAUAGUGUCUGUGUCUUAUUCAUCCUCCAGAACCUUCUAUUGGCAUUCAGCACGCAGCUAUGCAAAUAUUUGAGGUCUAAACAAAUGAUUAUGUCUAGCUGGUUUAUAACAUUCUCAUAUAUAUAUAUAUAUAUGUAUUAUAUAUGUGUGUGUUAUAUUUAUGUAUAUAUAAAAUACACAUUUCUUUGUUGUAAAUAUGUUUGGAGCCUUUUUACUUUGGAAAAACAGCUUCUGAUACCACUUCCUGCCUAAACAUCCCUUUAUAAAUUACCUUCUUCCUUUUAUAUUAAAAUGACCAUUUUCUCUUUUUGAUUAUGAAAACAAGGCAUUGCCUAUUCACAAGUGUGUAUUGUAAUUGACUUUGAUGUAAAGAUAUUUUUUAAUUCUAGCUUUACAACAAAUUUGCUAUUAUUUGGGGUAACAUACUUAAGUUUUUUUAGGUCUACUUCCUACAUAUAAAAUGAGUGGACUGGACUAGUUGAUUUGACAGGAUUUUCGUAGGGAUUGGGCAAAUGUUAGUAUUAUUCUAGCUGUAUAUUUAGUUGUACUUUUUAAAGUACCAUCAUAGUUGAAAAUGAGAUUGCUAGCCUUUGAAAGUACUAUUUGAUAUUUCAUGUUUUAGAAGAGGAAACUGAGGCAAAGGGGCUUAUAGGGGAAUGAAUUGCAAGUAGGCAGGGUAAAUAGUAUUAUAAUGGAUGAGUAUUCAAUUUUUUUAUUUGUUUUUCACUUUUUUGUUCAUUUGUUUUUGGUUAAUUGAGCUCCACUCUCCUUCUAUUCUUUAACCAUAUAAUAAAUAAAGUGCAAUGAACUUAUAUAGUAAGAUGAACCCACAGGUUGGUAGAGGACUAUGGCCUACUUGCAGUUCAGAGACUCUCAUGCUAUUUUGAGUUUGAUUCAUAGCACUUAAAAAUGAAUCCUAAGUUUUAAAUUUCACACAGUUUUGCAUGAAAUUUACAUCUAGAGGUUUCAGUCCAUGUAUCACCAUAAAUACCAGCAAACUUAUGACUGGGCAAGUUGCACAAACUUUUUAAGAGUUUUCUUAUUGGCAGAAAUGUGAUAAUAUGUAUUACCUUUCCUAUCUACCUCACAAGGUUAUUGUAAGGAUUAAUUAAGUUAAUAUAUAUGAAGUUUCUUUAUAAAUAGUAAAGUAGUAUACAAAUAUUAUUUAUUGGCAUUACUGCUCUAAUUAAAGAAGGAAUGGAUAAUAAAAAACUAAGUCAAAGCAAAACACAAAUUUAAGAAACACUGAAAUGCAUGGUGUUUCCUAGGUGAUAUACUUUUCUGUGCUGGUAGACCCUCUGUAGAUGACUUAAAAUGUUAUCUCUAUUUGCCGUUUUGAUUUUGAAACCUGUAAUAAUAAUGAUAAUGCUUACCCUAAAACUAAUAUUUUCUUUAGAUAAAAUUUUUACCCAUCAUUCAUAAAUUUUGACAGUAAUGUUUAUUUAAAAAUAGAGGGAAAAAUGUUUAAAUAACCAAAUAUGAAAAAAAUUCUUUUCAAUAUUAUCUUACUAUAUUCUAGUCCAGUGGUUCUCAAACUUUAGUUUACGUAAGAUAUUCGUCGGAUUUUUGUUAAAAUUCAAAUUUCUGAGCUCCAUUAUUAAUGGGUAUGGAAUGGAACUCAGGCAUCCUGAGUUGUAGCUGGCCCACAUACUUCAGAAAACUCGACUUUAGUUGAUUAUUAUAUGUUGUAAUCAUCCAAGGGCUUUUAAAAUACACAGAUUCCUAGGUUCUACUCCCACAUAUCUAAAAUUGGAGUCUCUAGACUGGUAUUUGGGCAACUACAUUUUGCAAAAACUACCCCAAAGAUCCUAAUAAUAUUGCAAGGUUUGAGAAUCAUUACUCUUGUUUCUAGGGUAUACUGUUAAAAUAUAUUUACUUUCACGCCUGAAUUUAUCCUCAUCUCUUACAUUAUUCCUUAACUAAACAUAAUCUUACUUUAUGUGGGAGGCCAGAGUUGAUACUGCUAUAUAAGAAAAGUUUAGGCUUGAAAACCGAUUAGAACUCUUGUCCUAUAAUGCCAAAAUUAAGGAAGCAAGGUAUUACUAAGCACCUUUCACACAAACUGUUUAAUUUAAUCUUUGCAUACAACAACUUUGUUGCAUACACUGGUUUUCUGCCUAUGUUUUAGAUGAAAAAACUGAAGCUUACAGAAAAAAUUGCCAAAUUCACACAGCUGCUAAGAGUCAAAGCCAAGAUUUAGUCUCUGUUCUUUCUAUUACAUCCUAUUAUAUUUUUUCCUCAUUCAGUAAAUCUUUACCAGGUUCCCAUUGUGUUAAAUGAUAAUGUCUAACUUUUGGCACCACAUUAGCCCCUGACAUGUUAUCAUAAUUGUUGCUUAGACCAUGUAAAUUGAGUUUUGAAAAAAUUUUUCUAUUGAAAAAUGGUUUUUAGCUGGAUGUAGAAUUCGUGGGUUCUCAAUGGUCAGAAGGGGUCUAAAUUGUAGUGAUAAUUAUAGUUAAUGAAUUGUUAAGGAACUUUGCCUGUGGGAUCUCUUUUAACUACCAUGCCUUUGCUAUGAAGUAUUUCUUAACCCUACUUAAAGAUGAGGAAAGAAAGAUUUAGAAUGGUUAAGUGGUUUACUGAAGAUUGCAGAUCUAGUAAGUGGCAGAACUGGGAUUGAAUUCUGGUUCACUCUAAUUUUCACAGCAAAGUUAACCAUUAGUAUAUACAAUUUCUGACUCUGCUUUGCAGUUAACUCUUCAGAAUCAGGCUGUUCUUCCAUUUGUUGAGCCACUAAAUGCUAACUAAACUUUGUGGGAUUUAAGUUUGUUUCCUUUGUAGGGAACAAACCAUUUAGCCACACUUAAUCAGUCCAGUAAUUUCUUAAAUCUUGUAAAGUUUGGAAUUAAUAAUGCAUAAUCCUCUAGGGAAAUCAGUUGAAGUGAAUAAUCUUUUGUUUAUAUUUAUAUUUGAGAGUUAAAACUCUUGGAUGGGACAGCUUAUUUGAAGGAAAAUUCCAAUUUUACCUAUUAUGACACGCUGUGAAACACAACAAUUUCAUGGCAUAUCCAUUGUUAUUGGUCUUAAAAUAUUUGGUUUGCAUUUAAAUGUCAAUGAAAGCGUUAACAGCAUCAAUGCCUCAGUGCUUCAUAAAAUCUAAAAACUGACUCGAGCAUUUCUGAUGUUCUUGUCUGAAAAAAACAAUGCCUUAUAGUAUAAAAUGAUAGCAUAUGUAUGCAAACUUGUACAAUUUCUCACUUAUCCUGUAUGGAUAGCUAAAAAUGUAAUUUUUAUAUUUUUUUAAUAUUUAAUAAUAUGCAAAUUAUUGAUAUGCAAUAAAAUGCAGUAAGGGCAGUCACAAUUUAAAAGAGCUCUGAAAUAUAUCCUUUAGGUGUGAAAAUGAUCAUGAUUUUAUAAAUUUAGAUAUGUGUACACUUUUGGGAUAUUCUUAACACCUCUCUAUGUAUUAAAAGAUUCAUUGUUUUAAAAAGAAGACCCACAAAAUCACUAACUGGGGAUAUGGUCUUGUCUUUAGCAGACUUUCAAGUUUAUUGGAAAUUUGGGGUUAUAUUUCAAUUUUCUUCUCUAAGAUUGGUCUUUUCUCAAAUGGCAUUCUUUUAGAAUACUGUCAGAGAAGAGAGAAUAAUGAAAACCCAAAGUGCAGAACUUUACCUAUACUCCUUUUUCAGAUGCAGAAAUUAAAACUUAAUUUUGUAGAAAGUCCCAUUUAGCAGCAGAGCAUGAAUUGGAAAAUUUGGUCAGCGAUUUAUUUAGGCUCCACAGGAAAAAUCCUGUAGGGCAUUUUUUGAAUAUCCUAAAUUUAUUUUGAUUUGAGACCAGCUUACAGGGCAUGUCUAUCUUAAAACAGUUCUCCAUUUUCCUGAGAAAAAUUCCAGUGGAGCUAGUUGUGGGAGGUAGUAUCCCAACAAUGAACCUUUUGGGGCCAAAUAAGCACUUUAACACAACUUACUCCAUCCCUUUCCUUAAACCAAAGUCUGUCUUGCCCACUGGGCAUGUUUAACUUUGACUGCUAAUUUUAUUUCCCUGCAGAGGCAAAGGAGACAGGAAAAAGGAGGGAAAAUAACUGAUGGCAUGUGGGUGAGGUUUUGGCCAGGAAAUAAUUUUUAAAAGAUCCUAGCCAGUAUAGGGAUGCAGGAAGCAGUUGGUGCCUGAAACUGUAUUACCCUUGCAUCACAGAUUAAGAAGUAAGAGCCAGUUGAAGUUAAAUAACUUGCCUACAGUUACACAGCAGUUUUCAGCAUUGGUGUUGGUACUGGGAACCAGGUUAUUCAUUGCUCCAGUGAGGAAAUUGGACAAUCCAGUUUUUUUGUUGAUAAAGAUGCUCUCCUAAUAUCUCUACUCACCUUUUCUUUCCUUCUCUUCUUUGGCUACUGUCUUUUAACAUCCAAAAAAGUAUUCUGCUGAUAAUCUCAGGUGUAGAGGCUAGUUAUUAAAUAUAUUUAGACUUUUAAAACCUUUUAGAAUUAGCUGAGCUGUAAGGACAGUGUCCGUCAUGUUAAGCCUUUUUUCUCUAUUUUGUUUGGAUCAUGUAAGUAAUGAAGAUAUAACUGGAAAAAGGAAAUGUCAUUGAAUAAAUAGUUCUGAGCUCAUGGCAGAGCUCUAAACGUGAAAAAUGUAAUGGACACCUAUUUAAAGACAGGCCAUUUUUAUUUUUACCUCCUAAUUACUGUUAAUCUGAGGUAUUUGAAAUGAACAUAAGCUAAAUUUUGAUACCUUUUCCUCCUAAAUUGAUAUCAUUAGAUGGAUUUAGGUUGUAAAGAAGGACCAUGGUAGAAAUACGAAUCAGAAUUUUAGACUUCCUAAAGUUUAUAACUGUCCCAGUUAGCCUAUGUGCUUGAUCAACCCAGGGGAAAGUUGCUAUUUGGCCCUAGUAUCACCCUGUCUAAGUUGUGAAUAUAUUUUGGACCAACUUCUCACUGAUAUGAUAAAUAUUUGACUUAAAAAUUACUGAAAACUUUUUAAUGUGGUAUCUGUUGAAUAUUACCAUUUACCCCUUAGUGUCCUUAGUAAAGUUCUAGAUACCAAACAAGUUCUACUAGAAUGUGAGUUUUACUUGAUUACCAGCAGCUAACUAACUGAAAAUGCAACAGAACUUAGAAGUGAUGCCAUCACAUCAGACAUAGUACAAACACAGACUAGUGCACUACAGAUCCUCUAAAUUUUGAUUUGGAAAUAUAUGAAUUAUUCAGAGAUCCAAAACCCCAGUGAAAAUCAGGUAGAGGACCUUCAUAUGACACACCCAUAGCCUGUAUUCCAUUCUAAGAAUUGCAGUUUGAACCAAUAGAAGCCAGAAGCAGCUACACACAUUUGAUUUACAACUGUGUCCUGUCUACUUGCGAAUAGCAGCUAGUUUCCUUUUAGGGUUGGCUGACAAGGCUGCUUUUUUUUUUAUAUAUAUUAUUAAGAGUCAGUAGCAGCAGCACAUGCAGGCUAAUUGUUAGAAUAUAAAGCUUUGUUGGAGGUGGAACAUAGGGUUCUAGUAAUACUCUUAAAUUCACACCAAUUGACACAAAAUAAAUAUGGUUCUCUAAGAAAUAGAGAAGGCUUAAACUAGAAAUGACUGAAAAAUACGAUUUUCACAAGCAUUUAGCUAUUUCCACCUCCAAAAAAGUAGUUUUUACUUUAUCUAUAUCUUCAUAAGCCUUUAAGGUGAAAGAUGAAUGACAGCAACAAAAUGACAGUGACCUAAAAGCGUAAAAUUGUAGUUAGUUUAGGUAAUCCUGGGGACAAAUAUAAUCCAGCGUAUUUAUUAGUGAGAUAAAAGGGAAAAGAAAUGCUGUGCUUUCAUCAUACUGCAAAUAAAAUGCUUAAUUAAAAUGCCCUACCAAAGUAAACAACUUAUUUCUAAGAAAUUACUGCUGAAGAAAUUAAGACUAAAAAAAGAGAAAAAAACACAACGCCCGUUUUUAUACAUUUUUCUUAUAUUUAGGUGCUUUUAAAAAUUGUUUUUAUGAACUCCUAAAUUUGAGUGCAAGGGAGAUUUGAUUACAUUAAUUGCCAUUUAAAUACUCAGUUUCAUGUUUGUAGGCAUUUUUCUGAACCAGAACAAAAAGACCAUAAAAAAAUUUCUAGUGUGGAAAUCAUAUUUCAUGUGGUGAAAUAAAAACUCAAGAAAUUUCCUGAUAUAAUAAGCUGAGAGUGAUUACCAAAGAAACAAAAGUUUCUUAUCACUCGGCCUGAGGCAAGUGUGGCAUAUUAAGCUUAAAAUGAAUUCUCUUUUCCUGAAUGCACACAACUCUUAUUAAUGUCUUGGAAAUUAUGCCCAAAUAAGAUUUUCUGGAUACAUUUGAAAAAGCAUCCACUGGGGUGUAAGGACUAUUUUAUGUCUAUGGACAUUUUAGUGUUUAGCCACAGAUUAGUUUUUGCUCUUUUACCUCUUUCUUAGGUUUAACUUUAGAUGAAAUGACUUGUUUUUAUCUUAAAAGAGGCCUUUCCUUUAGUGAGAGUUAGGUUCCCUGGUGGCCUGAAAGAGUUAAUGCAGUUUUCAAGAGUGUCCAACUUACUUCCAGGGAGUAGUGUGUGCAUGUGAGAGAGUCUGGCUCCAGGAUAUUUGUUCACAUCCCAAAACCAAUUUGGCACAACUUAAAAUGUCUGCUAGGCAGAGGAUUCAGUGUUGUUAGGCCACGCAAUUAGUGCUUUAUUUCAUGAGCACCAAAUUUCACCCAAUAGUGUUUUGAUUUAAGGAAGAGCUUGAAAUUCACAAUAACGGGUUUCAUUUAUCAGAGCCAUAUGGGACUCAACAUCUUUGGAUAUAUUUGUAAGGCUUUCACAAAGAAGACUUUUUAGACAUCUCAGAUUUCACCGAUUGGAGGGCAAUCUGGAUGAAUAUCUUUUUUUGGAAAAGAUGAACUAUCGUUUUCACAUGUAGUCUCCAAUUUCAGUAUUCCUUGAGAAGCUCAAAACAACAACAACAACAACAACAACAACAAAACAAAACAGGAAAGCCUUAAACAAAUAAUAAGAAGUGUUAAGAAUUGCCUUUGGGACUCUGAAGGCUGAAGACUCUCACUCUAUUGGCCAGGCUGGAGUGCAGUGGUGCAAUCUCGGCUCAUGGCAACUUCUUCCGCUUCCCAGGUUCAAGUGAUUCUCCUGCCUCAGCCUCCUGAGUAACUAGGAUUACAGAAUUGAUAAAUUGCAAGUUUGUGCCCCAUAGCUGCACAGACUGCCUGAAGUUACAUUUAGAGACUGAAAUCACUGCACCUUAAAAACAAAAGAUUGAGCUGCACUGUAUUCCUAAUGUUUCAUCAUUACUAACAGGAUAUUCCUCAUGACAUUGCUGUCUGAUCUUUGACCAUCAGUCUGUGACCUGCCCCUUCUCUUUAUAUGCAGCCGCUCUCUGUUCCCUGCCCCAAUGAACAUCUGCACUAGGCCCAAGCCUUGGAGUAAUUUACCUGAAGAGUGACUCCAUUUAUUUUGAAACUACUGUAAUGGAAUGGUGUUUUACAGACUUCUAUGUUACUGGAAAACGCUAAACCUGGGAGACUAACAUCCCUCUUAGGCUUCAGGAAGAAACCCAAGACAGCUGAAAACCAGAAGGCAUCUGAGGAGAAUGAGAUUACUCAGCCGGGUGGAUCCAGCGCCAAGCCGGGCCUUCCCUGCCUGAACUUUGAAGCUGUUUUGUCUCCAGACCCAGCCCUCAUCCACUCAACACAUUCACUGACAAACUCUCACGCUCACACCGGGUCAUCUGAUUGUGACAUCAGUUGCAAGGGGAUGACCGAGCGCAUUCACAGCAUCAACCUUCACAACUUCAGCAAUUCCGUGCUCGAGACCCUCAACGAGCAGCGCAACCGUGGCCACUUCUGUGACGUAACGGUGCGCAUCCACGGGAGCAUGCUGCGCGCACACCGCUGUGUGCUGGCAGCCGGCAGCCCCUUCUUCCAGGACAAACUGCUGCUUGGCUACAGCGACAUCGAGAUCCCGUCGGUGGUGUCAGUGCAGUCAGUGCAAAAGCUCAUUGACUUCAUGUACAGCGGCGUGCUACGGGUCUCACAGUCGGAAGCUCUGCAGAUCCUCACGGCCGCUAGCAUCCUGCAGAUCAAAACAGUCAUCGACGAGUGCACGCGUAUCGUGUCACAGAACGUGGGCGAUGUGUUCCCGGGGAUCCAGGACUCGGGCCAGGACACACCGCGGGGUACUCCCGAGUCAGGCACGUCAGGCCAGAGCAGCGACACGGAGUCAGGCUACCUGCAGAGCCACCCACAGCACAGCGUGGACAGGAUCUACUCGGCACUCUACGCGUGCUCCAUGCAGAAUGGCAGCGGCGAGCGCUCUUUUUACAGCGGCGCAGUGGUCAGCCACCACGAGACUGCGCUCGGCCUGCCCCGCGACCACCACAUGGAAGACCCCAGCUGGAUCACACGCAUCCAUGAGCGCUCGCAGCAAAUGGAGCGCUACCUGUCCACCACCCCCGAGACCACGCACUGCCGCAAGCAGCCCCGACCUGUGCGCAUCCAGACCCUAGUGGGCAACAUCCACAUCAAGCAGGAGAUGGAGGACGAUUACGACUACUACGGGCAGCAAAGGGUGCAGAUCCUAGAACGCAACGAAUCCGAGGAGUGCACGGAAGACACAGACCAGGCCGAGGGCACCGAGAGUGAGCCCAAAGGUGAAAGCUUCGACUCGGGCGUCAGCUCCUCCAUAGGCACCGAGCCCGACUCAGUGGAGCAGCAGUUUGGGCCUGGGGCGGCGCGGGACAGCCAAGCUGAACCCGCCCAACCCGAGCAGGCUGCAGAAGCCCCCGCCGAGGGUGGUCCACAGACAAACCAGCUAGAAACAGGUGCUUCCUCUCCGGAGAGAAGCAAUGAAGUGGAGAUGGACAACACUGUUAUCACUGUCAGCAACAGCUCCGACAAGAGCGUCCUACAACAGCCUUCGGUCAACACGUCCAUCGGGCAGCCAUUGCCAAGUACCCAGCUCUACUUACGCCAGACAGAAACCCUCACCAGCAACCUGAGGAUGCCUCUGACCUUGACCAGCAACACACAGGUCAUUGGCACAGCUGGCAACACCUACCUGCCAGCCCUCUUCACUACCCAGCCCGCGGGCAGUGGCCCCAAGCCUUUCCUCUUCAGCCUGCCACAGCCCCUGGCAGGCCAGCAGACCCAGUUUGUGACAGUGUCCCAGCCUGGCCUGUCGACCUUUACUGCACAGCUGCCAGCGCCACAGCCCCUGGCCUCAUCCGCAGGCCACAGCACAGCCAGUGGGCAAGGCGAAAAAAAGCCUUAUGAGUGCACUCUCUGCAACAAGACUUUCACCGCCAAACAGAACUACGUCAAGCACAUGUUCGUACACACAGGUGAGAAGCCCCACCAAUGCAGCAUCUGUUGGCGCUCCUUCUCCUUAAAGGAUUACCUUAUCAAGCACAUGGUGACACACACAGGAGUGAGGGCAUACCAGUGUAGUAUCUGCAACAAGCGCUUCACCCAGAAGAGCUCCCUCAACGUGCACAUGCGCCUCCACCGGGGAGAGAAGUCCUACGAGUGCUACAUCUGCAAAAAGAAGUUCUCUCACAAGACCCUCCUGGAGCGACACGUGGCCCUGCACAGUGCCAGCAAUGGGACCCCCCCUGCAGGCACACCCCCAGGUGCCCGCGCUGGCCCCACAGGCGUGGUGGCCUGCACGGAGGGGACCACUUACGUCUGCUCCGUCUGCCCAGCAAAGUUUGACCAAAUCGAGCAGUUCAACGACCACAUGAGGAUGCAUGUGUCUGACGGAUAAGUAGUAUCUUUCUCUCUUUCUUAUGAACAAAACAAAACAACAACAAAAAACAGACAAACAAAAAAGCUAUGGCACUAGAAUUUAAGAAAUGUUUUGGUUUCAUUUUUACUUUCUGGUUUUGUUUUUGUUUCGUUUCAUUUUGUACUACAUGAAGAACUGUUUUUUGCCUGCUGGUACAUUACAUUUCCGGAGGCUUGGGUGAAUAAUAGUUUUCCCAGUCUCCCUCGGAUGGUGGCCUUAAGGCCUGGUAGUGCUUCAAGAGGUCCACUGGUUGGAUCUCUAGCUACUGGCCUCUAAAUACAACCCUUCUUUACAAAAAAAUCUUUUAAAAAAAAAGUAAAAAAAAAAAAAAAAAAAAAUUCCACUUGUGAAGAGCACUACAAAAAAAUAUAUAACAAAAUCUAAAAGGCCUACUGUCUUUAAGUACACCGCUUGCAGUGUUUCAGUGGACAUUUUCACAAUUCUGGCCGCUUGGACUUCACAGUAACCAGUUAAAACUGUGGAAUAUCACUUCUGGUUGAAAACCCAGAGGAAAGGCCCUGCUGUUUUACACCUACCACAUUGUCUGAUUUCAUAAAAGGGCUGUGGGGGUGGGAAGGGCAGUGGGUUCGGUGGUGUGGGAAAGAAAGACAAAUGGCAGGCUUCUUCCCCAGAUUCUGCCCGGGUCCACACACCCUGGCCCACCUUCUCCAUAUCCCCCUCUUGCAGCAGAAGCCAGGAAGACUUGGACAAGCAACAAGCAACAGUGGCUAUCGUAUUUAUUCAGUGUCUUCGCUGAGCCACAGCCUCAGCACAAUCAAGAGGGACUUUCAUGAAAGGCAGGAAUGCAGAUAAAACAAAGAUAUCAGAAAUUUGCACCUAUGUUUCUAGGUACAAGAGAAGGAUUAUUUCCAACAAUCUUUGCAAAAAAAAAAAAGUGUCAGGAUAUAUUCUUGUGGAAGAGAAAAAGAAAGAGAAAUGGAGGGUGGGGGGAACAAUAAAAAGUUCUUGAGGCUUUUUUAAUUCAAAAUUUUAUAGAGGGGCAAAAGUGACGUUUACCAGAUAGAAUGCUGAUUUUUUUAAUAUAUUUACAACAGUAUUUGUGUAAAAAAAAAACAAAAAAAGUGAAAUUGUUAAAAGUAAUUUUUUUCAUUUUGGUUUUGCAUACACUGCCACCAAUUCCUUCUCUUUUAUUUUAUUUCACACACAUAUAUAUAUUUUUUGGUAAGUCAAGACUGUUAAGGUUAGCGAUACUGCUUCCAGGUAGAAAGAAUAAAAGGCAACUAAAGUUAUAUUUGAAAGAGAGGAAGGAUAUUUUCUUCAUAUUUUUUUUAAUUUUUCUUAAUUUUUAUUAUUUUAAGUAUUGCCUGGGUUGAUGAGGGCCUCUGUGGCCAGCCCAUCCCUGCUGUAAUUUGAAUUGCUGCUUUGUAUUUUGAUAUGUAGUUCCUUGACUUUAGCAAGCUUAAGUUGCCCCACUGAAUAAUUUUUUCAACUGAUUCAUCUAGAAUUCUGUUCUUUUUCAUGGAAGAGACUUUAUCUUUCAGAAAGAGAUUGCUUGCUUCUCCAAAAUUUCAUUGAGAUCUUACAAUUCUAGAAUUUCUAUUGACUUUACUUUUUUUCUUGGUGAAACACUAGUAGUCUAGAAGUCUUGAUAAAUGGGGUCUUUUCUUUUGUGAUCAGCCAGGAAGAGGAGUUCACAAAACUCUGCCAUAGCUCCUCACCCUUCCCAACUACAAAGAGCAUCAUUAUGAGAAGCCUGUUACAGAUCAAGAUGCAUUGAUGCCAAAAUUACUUUUUUCCUUUCAGAUAUCACCUUCUGACUGUUUCCACCAUGGUUAAGAGGGCUAAAUAAGAUGAUCAUUCUUUAGAUGAUGAAUUAACCCUUGCUUCUUGGAAAGGUUUUAGGGAAAUUAACAAAAAAAUUCCCAGAUGCCAACAGCCACCAUUCAAAAGACCACCAAUCUAUUGCAUCAUACCAGAUGCCACUCUCUCUUCCUAGUAGGGAUUUCUCUCCUCGGUCCUGAUCAAGGUAUUAUAAUAGUGACAUUUCCAUUAUAGACAGUGUCCUGAAGGGAUUCCAGCUGAAAUAUAGGAAUUCUUAAACCUAGCUGAAACUCCCAAAGUGAUUUCAUUGCUGGGCAUAUUUUAACAUACUUAGGGGAAAGCAAAUCUUUAAACAAAGCAAAACACCAAACUACAGUUUUAAAAAGAAGAAAGGAGAGAGUAUUUUAGUUUCAAAAUUACAUUACAUUUUAAUUUAAUUUUCCUUCUAAUUUUCCUGUCAGCAUUUUAUUUACAAAAACUGUGCAGCAAACGAGGGAAAAUCUUCCAACACAAACAACUCUGUAAUGACUAAAUUGAUUUUAUUCAUAUAUUUUAGACAUUUGGUUAACUUGGAUCUUUUUCACAAGUUCUUUGUGAUGCUUUGUAAGGUUAGUGUAACUGAAGUGUUUGUGAGUUUGAUUUGGUCCCACAGUGCUUAAUUCAGUGGAUAUUUUGCUAGAAGUUUUAAUGUAAACUUGGGUGGUUAACUGACUAUUGAGUAAAACCUAUUGUGAUUUCUAAGAGGAGUCCUACCAAGAACUGUGUGUCCAAAACUGACCGGUUUUAACAGUUAGUGAGGAACAGCUUCCGAGAUAUUAUGUAAGUUCAUUUUUCUAUUGCUAAUUUUGUUUUUUAAAAUAGCAGUGUUGUAAGACUAGUAUUUCCACUUACCACCAAUAGAGGGAGCGUUAGUUAAUUAACUAUGUCAUGGAAUUGUUUUGAAAUUUUGGAAAACAAGUGAUUCCACCCAUAAAAUGAGAAGAGAAGAUUGACCUUAAGAAAAAAACUCUUAAAGCUGGAAGACAAUGACAUGAAAUCACUCAAUACAUGUUACAAAUGAAAGAAAGGCCAAAAGCCACUUUAAAAUAUUUUUAACUGUUUCACAGUAGAUUUGAAAGUGUCUUUGUUCAAAUUUAGCAAAGUAGGAAGAAUUUUCACUAAUACCUCCUGAAAAGUUGAUCUUAGGUGCCAUUAUGGGCCACAUGUAGCUUUCUGUUUCUCAAAUCUGAGAGAGACCCAUUUGCCUUAAUGCUGAUUUGCCAUGUAAAAUGCUAAGCAAUUGGGUUAGAAUUCACCUUUUCUUUUGGUAGAACAUGUAGAGAAAAAGCUGCAGGUGACGUGAAACCCUGAGGAGUCUAUCAUCCUUUCCCUGUAAAGGAAGUGUCUCUUAAAAAAAGGGAGGGGGGAGGAGGUGGAGGAUCCCUAAAGAAUUCUUAAUGAGGUGAUAUAAUCAUUGUAGUCCAUGACAAAUAGACCAGCCAGGUUUGCAUAGCAGUAGACAUAUUCCUACUGUAUGUUUAUCCUUCCCAAACAUGUCACAUUCUAAAAUAGUUGACAAAUUAUUUUGUGGAAAGAGGAAGAAGCUGGAUCGGAGUGGGAGAUCUAAUCUGGAGGAGCAAAGAGGUAGUUGUUUAUUGCUAUGUUCCUGGCCCAUCAAAUGGCCACUUUCCAAACUGACCCACAUUUUAGGAAAUAAACCAAUCUGGACCUGUUUCAAAAGGAUAGAGAUGCUUUUAGAUUGUCAAUUCUCACUUUUAAGUUAAACAAUCACAAAUAUCUUUAGAAAUAGGGAAAGACAUUUGCUUCAAAAUCAGAGAAUGAGUGUGGAUCUUUUUAAUUUUUUUUUGUUUCAAGUCCUACAGUCAUCUUACAUUUAGACCUUCAUGGUAGGGUGAUAUGAGUGCUAAAAAAAUUUCUUUCUAGUAGCCAGGAAACAGAUAGAUAAGAUAAAGGCAAAUGUUCCAGAUUUAAGACUUCUUCGGAUGAGUACAAGGAAGAGAGAAAUAGUAUGGAAAGGACAUUUUUUAGCAGUUUAUAAUUUUAAAAUGGAAUUUGCCAAACAAGGGAAAGGGAAAAAAGUCAAAGGGGAAUUUUUAUCUCAAGAUAUUUAGACAUGGUUUAUAAAAAAAUAAUAUUUUCUGACACUAAAAGCAUUGGUAUUAUCUCAGCAUCAUGGGCAAUUUUUCCUUAUUAAAUGCCAAUAUUUGUACAAAAAAGGCCCCCAAAUGUGUGAAAUAUAAUCCUAAAAAAGAAAAUAAUUGGAACACAUGGAUCUGAUACAACUCUACACAGGGGGAAAAACUGAGGAACAAGCUAAGCAAAGAAAAAAAAAUCUGAAAUGAAAAAAAUCUCUGUAUCAAAAUGGUUUCCUGUAUCUUUUAAUUGAGAGGUAAACUUUAGCUCCUAAUAACAGUUUUAUAGACUGUUCUCUUCUCAAAUUCCUAAUGCUUUGAAUCUAUUUGUGCCAUGAUUAAGUGUGCUGGAUAAUUUCCUGCUCAUAUUCUAGCUGCAGUUCAUUCCUAGUCAUCUUAGAGAUCAUAGUAGCUCUUGGCCUUAGAAAGACUUGGGUUUGCUGUGUUUAAGAGUCAUAAGGGUUUUAUUUUGUAUCACCAAAAUAUUCAAUAAGUUCCCAAAAUACUCUUUUUCAACCCAUGAACAGUAAGAAUUUGUGAAUUCUGAUAAUGAAAAGAGAAAAGUUUUCCUCCAGGUAUGUUUGUUUCACAUUCAGUCCUAAAGCCUUGAGCUAUGUGUACUUCCCUCACACAAGCACACCAGCUGUCUGUGCUCUGCCUGCCCCCAAAACUCAAUGUUUUCUCUCAGCACAGAAGUCAAAAAUGAGGUAUGCCCCUUAUAAAACCCCUUCGAUUCCUGAGAAAACCUAAUAAAGCCUUAUGUCGCUUCCUUGUUGGGGCUCCUCCACAAUGCUCCCAACACCUGUGACCCCUAGGAAAACAGGGAGCAAGGUAGAUCUGGCCAGGAGUCACCGGAUAUACACCCAUUCUGGAGCUUUCCUCUGUUGUUCUAGAAGAUGUUAUUUGAUUAGUUGGGGCUGGGAGCAGGGGAUAUAUGAUUUUGCGGAAAAGGUAUCAGAUAGUCAAAUCAGGUCUGCCUCUGCUAUAGCCAGUGUGCUGCUGCAUCAAAAGGGAACAAAAGGAAGGUACAAUGUAAGAGCAGACACAACCUGAGAUACCCUUGAGAUUUAGGAGAACAGGAGGGUGCCCUUUCUGUUGUGACCUGACUCUUAAGAGAAAUCUUCUAAAAGAAUUCUUUAAUUUGGUAAUGAGUUGAAGUCCAGGGUAAUGGAAGCUCUAGGGCAGAGAACAAAAGAAUUGCAAAAUGGAUUCAGCACCAAACAAUGCUAAACCAAGAAACAUCCAAUCACAAAACUAGGAAGUUUGGCAAGAAGUGGUUAGAGAAAUCUCUGGGCUUUUCCAUCGGUAGGGUCGACAGACUCUCUUUUCAGUGAUUUCUGGCUCUGAGAAACCUCUUUACUCACUAGAAAAGAACUUUAUUUAAAUGGCCAAUUUUGUUCCUCAGAAAAAGAAAUUAAAAAAAAAAGAAAAAUAGGAUACUGAAGACAGAACCAUGUGACUUGGUGACAAACAAAAGGAAGGGUGCACUAGAAUUUCAAUAGGCUCCCUAAUUCCAUAGAAAAAGCAAAGCAACCCAAUGCCUCCUGAGCCUGCAGUGCAUGAAGAGAGUGCUUGAGCUGACCCAGCCACCAGGCCUUCUGAGGCUAGACAUAACUUCCCACUGGAACAGCAGCAGCCUCUUUCCCCUCUUUGUGUUUUCAUGAAGAAAACGGCUGUUCUCUUAGGUACCCAGGAAAUAGAUUACAUGGGGCAAACUUUCAAAAGCAACCUCUACCCUGGUGCUCAGGCUACAUAUAGAGGCAGAAAAGGGGCAUGGAAGAGCCCUUGCUCUUGAGAGAGAGUAUUUUCAUAGUCCCAAGGGCUUUCUGUGUAGAGUUGCUAUUUCUGCUAUCACUUAAACCUUUACAAGAAAAAAGGCUGUGGUGACUCAGUGUUCCUGUAAAUUCAGAAUGUGGAAACUACUAAUCCAAAGCAUCAUUUCUAGCACUGAGUAUCAAGACGAUUAGCCUGACCAAAAUAUUCCAAAGACUUUUCUAAGUCUCUGAAGAUUUUUUUUUCUCCUUGAACACUGAGUCUAUAGCCAUCAGCAAUGUACCUUAGCAGAUCCCCGGGAAUGGUUAUGGAAUAGUAGGGCUUGUUUCCAUCCUUUUUAGAGUGAAGAGGUAGCAAAUUAGGGCUACAUGGUGUGGGUUCUUUUUCAGAACUAUGUAUUUUCUCCUCACUGCAUGAUGGGUAAAAAUGCCCUGGGUUGAAACGAGAAACAUCGUCUUUCCACACCACUGACUAAAACACCUGCCAUUCCAGUGGUUUCUUUAGGCUCCACCUUUUGCUCCAUAAACUGUAGACUUUCAGACUGAAAUCUAAUCUUAAGUGACCUCAAUUAAGGUAUUUUCACAAAAGGCUACUUAUAGUAUAGCAUUAUUGCCUUAAAUCAGAAAGCCCUGGGAAGAGGAUAAAAGAUAUAGAAAUGAGAAGGCUCUGAAGUUAUAGGCAUUUCUUGCUGUUUAAUAGUUACAUUAUCACAAAAAUAAGCCCUAUUCGUGAUUGAGGACUAUAGAAAUAGUGACUUCUUGGGGAGGCACCAAACUUUUCUAGAACUGGCCACUCUCAGAUAGCGGCUGCUAUUUCCUAUUCUAUUUCAGUGAUGUAGGUUGGGGCUGAAUGUAAAAUAGACAUCAUAUUACUAAAUAGAACCCUAUAAAAUGCAAUCACAGGUGCCUGGGAAUACUAGUUUUAAACAUUUCCUUAAUAAGGAGAACAAUCCCAGCAAAAAGCUUUCUUUCUCUAUAGAGUGUAUAUCUCUAAACUUUUUUUUCCUCAGUUUUAGAGAACAUCUCUUUUAUCUGGUGGUUCUUUGUUUGAAUGCAGACUCAUAACUUUCAAGUCUCCAGUGCAAGAGCAUAAUCUACAGAUCACAGGCAAAAUCUAGCCACAGUCCUGAGAGUCCAGGCUUCUGGGAUGCCCAGUGAGGGUAUAAAAGUCACUACUAACCCUCUUUCAAAUUCAGAGGUUUCUUUGGUUUAGAAUGCCUCAGUGAGAUUUUGAUACAUCCAAGAGAGAGAAAAAAAAAAAAAAAAAAAAAAAAACCUUGGGGGCAUCUGUUUCUACUAGUAUUGCAACAGUUGUUAUUACCCAGCAAAAUCAUUGCAAUUUAUAUGUAGAUUCUAGUAAUGAAAGAGUCUUAACCCAUCCGGUAUGUCACCACUGCUGUCCAAAAUGUCUAUAAAUGAGUAUACAUUGUUUAUACAUGUGCACACACAGUGUGAGCUUCCCUCAGCACAAAACUGUUUCACAUUCAUAUUGCCCAGUGACAACAAGAUACAUUUUUGAACUUCUGGUUAGGAGUCGAAGGUCUGACAUAUCUCACAUAUCUGCUUAUGCUUUGUUGCCUUAGUUGGGCGCAUCAAUAUCUGAUGAGACUUUAGGGCAUUCUGAAGGAGCCCAACCAUCAGUAAUUUCUAUGUAUCCCUUUCAUGAGAAACUUGAAUAUGCUUAUGUGGAGUAGAGUGCAUUUAACAAACUCUACGGUUCUAUUGGAUUUAUUGACAUGUGUGUGCAUGUGUGUGUUUCUGUAUAUACUUAUUGUCAUCUGGAAGUGUGUGUGCCCCCCAAAUGAAGCACACACAGGCAGAGGUCCUCGUGCAUAGAUACAGUUGCCUCUUCCCACCAUUGUGUUUAAGACUUGUGGCUCCCUUCCCAGGAAGCAGUCACCUGCCCACUCUGUUGCUUUUUGUAAUGUUUCAGAAUUGGGAGAAACAAAUGCAGCUUGUUGAAUCCACAGCAAACCCACAGGGACAGGCUGUUUUCCUCCAUAAUAAGGUAUAACAGAAGUCUUCAACUGGUGAGCAGACAAGAGGGAGCAGCAGUCCAGGGCAUCUCCCCAGGUCUCCUGGAGGUGGGGCGGUGGGGGUGGGGACCAACGCCAGGCAGGCAAAGCCCACACAAACUUUGGCCUGAGCCAUCCCAUAGCUCAAAGGUCUUCAUUCCUUUCCUCUAUGCAAUGCAGUGUGCGCACACACACACGUACACACACACGUAAAUUUUAUUCUCAAACUAAAGCUUCCUAAUUCUGCCUGUACUCACAAGAUAUCAUCAUAAUUCACAAACUGUGUCUCCUGAAACCAAUGUGGCCUUUGCCAAAGUCUUUCCAGGAGUGGGUUGUUUACCAUGUCUAGCAAACCAAUAGACUACUAGGGGGAAUAUUUUUUGGUAAUCUCUAGGAAUUGAUUGCUCUUGCCCAUCUCAAACAUUGAAGUAGAAUGCCACUCUGGUAUAAUGUACUGAAUGAAUGGACUCUGAAGGCUUGGUGGCCUGGAAUUCAGGAUUCAGUUUUCUCACUCCCAUGCCCUUCUUUUACUAGAUGGUUUGUUAUUUUUAUGACUUGUAGAUUAUUUCUGCUUUACAGAAGUCAGAAGACAUUUUCUUUCCUCUUCUAUUCUGGUGACUUUUCCCCUUCCCCUGUUAAGUAAGGCUACUUACAGUUGCAACUUUUUUGUCGUUAUUACUUUUUAAAAUGUAUAUUGUUUUUCUAUAUCCAAAAGAAGUCUGUGACUGUAACCAUAGGUAUUUCUUUUUACUGGAAAAACAAUUAGUUGUUUCGGUUUUUUUUUUUCUUUUAAUUAACAGUACUAGUGACUUUGUGAAAGAAUAUGAGUUACUAUUUAGGUAUGCUUACUUAAGUACAAUACACUACAUUGCAGUAUUUCUGAAACCUAGGACAUACACAUUAUAUAUAACAACUCUAUAUUGAAAUAUAUAUUACAUUAUAUUCAUUUUAACUUUUGAAUCUGCCUAUGAUCAUGAGUUGAUUGAAAUAUUAUGUCUUUGCAUAUAUCACCCAUCACCAACCUGCUGCAGUUAAUCUGGUGCAUUUAGUAAUAAUCAUUACUGCUCUAAUUUGCUUUUUAUAUUAUCAGCUUCAGUAUUGUCUUUAGAGGAUUUUAGAAUUUUUUAAAGCUCAGAUUUAGCAAAUGUAGGAAAGUGAAAACUUUUUUUGAAACUUUUUUGUUGGUGUGACUAAUACAAAGAGGUUCAUAUUCAAAGCGAUCUUGUUUAGCUGACCCAUUCAAUAUCUGAAGAACAAAAGAGGUGCAUGUGAAUGUAUCUGUGAUCUCCCCCUGUAGGACUGUCACUGUCUAUAUUUGCUUUUAAAAAUAUGACCAAGGGGCUACUUAAGUGCCACAUGAUCUGACCAACAAUAACAGGCUGCAUUUCAAAGGGCCAGUCUUCUGAAAAGCAUAAGACAGUGAAUUACCUAGUUGUCCCCACUGUAUUCUCAAACAUUCAUUUUAAUACUGGUUCUUUACUACUUUCUUUUUUCAAUACGCUUAGAAUUAUUUUAACUAGUCUUCAACCUUUCCCUGGAGGCAGCUUGGCAAUAAUAGUGUUCAUUUUCCUGGGAGUUUUUUUUCAAAAAAACUAAAACCAGAGUUUCAGGAACUCUUUAUCCACAGAGGCUAAUAGAAAUAGAAUUUGGAAAUAUCUAUCUGAUACAUUUUUAAAUCUGAGGGAUCCAUAAAAUGGUGGCUCUUGGGUAUCCAGCCCUCAGGAUCUCCAUUUACCUGUUAAAGUGAGGAUUUGGUGCCUUUCUUCUUUAGUUGGGCCAUCAAGGAAACUUCAGAAAUCAGGCAUCCCGUCUUCCUAUACAAUAAAUAUUUUCAGAUCAUAUUUUCAGAUAAAAGAGUUUCUUCAGCUUCCCUCAGCUAUUCAACCCAACGCAUGGAAAGCCUCAGUUGAAUAAACUUUUCCACCAUCCUGGGUGCCUGAAACUAGUGUCCUUCUUCACUUCUACAUUGAGGACAAAAUGAAGUCAGCUUUUUAAAACCUCAGUAUAAAAGACCUCCUCACACUCACACUGGUCCAAUAUGAAGACUUCUCAGCUUGAACACUGGGGAAUUCCUUCCUUUCAUCUUUCCUAAUAGAUUGUUGCUUUCUAAUCCCAUCCCAUUCUGCUGUGCCUCUCCAGCAAGUCCCUUUUCACCUUAGCCAAGCUCCCUGCGAUGCUCUCCAGUUGUGAAGCCUUGUAUUCACUAAGGAACUGCGUACUCUUAGUCUGCUUUGAAAGGGCUAAUGUCUAGUGUAAUGGCAAAAUUACCAAUCUGUUCUCCAAAGUGUUCCAGCAGAUAUAUUUCUACUAGACAUAAUUGUGAAUUGACUGUUAGUGAGGCUGUUUCUUCUCUAAUGAUCACGUAAUAUCCAAAUUAUAUCAACUUCAUUAUUUCCCUCUUUCGUUUUCCUAACCCUUUCCCUUUAUUUCUUGUUUCUCUUGAAGACUACUUCAAAUUACCUAUUCGUCUUCAUUACUGCCCCCAAAACUCUAAUAAUUGUGACCCCUAACUGUUCGUUUCUCUUCCUUUCUCCACCCCACUCUGAACAUCCUUCUUUAAGCUUUAUUUAAUGAAAGAACACUAAAGUGAGUGAGUUCAUAAACUUGAGAGUCGUAGGCAGAGUGAAGCAUGUCUUCAUUUUAGCUUCAGAGUUUAAAAGUUAUCAAUAUUCUUUUGAGAGUGGGAGGACCUGAGUCAGAGUUUUAAAUGUCAACUGUACUAGCUGAGGUCAUUAAUUCCCCUUACCUUCACAUUUGGCCAAAGAUGAAGAGAAAAAUAUUUUCUGUUUUUUUUAAAAUACCACAGUGUUCAGGUUCUUGAUAUGAGUAAACCACUUUUGACGGAGAAAAAAAAAAAUCAUUAAUGUUGACGGUUUCCACUAGUCAAAUUACUUGUUUAUCAGACUUUACAUUAUAGGAACCUAAAGAAAAGAGUAAUAUUUCAAAAUAAUUUUGAUAACUGUUCAAGGCUUAGUGAGCUCUUCUCAAACAAGAAAAGCCACAUCCACUUGAACACAUUGUAGGAAAAAUUAGGAAGAAUUUUUUUAUUUAUUGUCUUUUGGAAAAAAAAAAAUCAUUGAUUGGUUUAGAACUUUGAGCAGUAACUUAGUAAUGGAUGAAAAGAUCCAUAAAGUUUUGAAAGUGUCUGUUUUUGCCACCAGAGAUUGCCUAAACAUAAACUUAAUAUAUACUUAAAUAAAAUAAUAACAGAGCUAAAUAGAUACCUAAAGAGCCAUGCAGUGCACUCCCCAGCACCUAAAUACUCCGCAUAUAAUUUGGUUGUCAUGUUAGAUCUCACUGCAAUGGAUUAUCCUGUCUGGUCACCAGAGCAUUGCCCAAAAGACUGACUGAUACCAUUCUGGGUGUAUCCCUUUCAGGAUGCUUAUAAUGUCACAUUCACAACAACUUUGUAACACAGUCUUUCCUGACUUCUGGUCCAAUAUUCUUGCCAUGAUACCACAUCGCCUCUCAGCUUUAAUGAAGACAAGUCCUGUGACAUUUAGAGUACUAUGUGGUUUUGAGUGCAUAGGCGGUAUGCUUUCAGUUCUUGCUUUACCCUUUGACAAAAACAAUCAACAUUUAAUAUCAGAAAUGUAUUUUUAUUUGACUUGAGACUUGACCUAGCUUUUAAUCAAACCAGUUUAUAACAUCAACUCACACCACAGAGAACAAUGAAAUAGAUAGCAGUUUUGAAAGCCUUUAUGAGGCAUGCAUCCAGUAGGAAAACAACAUCUCUUAAAGGCAAUAUUUACAUUGCUUAGGACUGUGAUCUUCACUUGGAAUGUUCUCCCAAUCAAUCCUAUAUCCUUCUUUUUCUUUGUCCAUUCUAACUCCUGGUAUUUUUUUUUUUUCUUAAAGUACUCUUUAUCUAAAGUAAUCCUCUCCUUAGGCACUGGCUUCCAAAGGAAGAAAGACUCUUUUAAAUCCUAAAAUGCUAUCAUUUAAAGUAUAAUAUGGAGGAGGAGAGGCUCUGGUUCUGAUAGAUCUUACUUGGUCCUCAAUCUGGGAUGCCUUCUUGACACUGUUCUUUCUAGUUCCCCAAGAAGUAUUCCAACAACAAGACCCAGAAUUUCUCACCACAACCUCUGUGUUAGUCUCAGAUUAAUGUCUAAAUCCUGUUUGAUAUUCUAGAGACUCCAAGGUGUGAAUUUAUUAUUGCUUAUGAGCUUCCUGUCUUUCCAAGCUGACACCUGUCAGGAGCAUCAAUAGCCCUAACAGUAACUAAUGCAUCAAAAUAAUAGACAGAAACACUAUAGUAUAUAUUUGUGAGGAUAGGAAGAUUUUUUUUUCUUCUUUUCUCCAUCAAAAGCUUGCUUCGCUCCCCUCUCCCUCUGCAACACACACACACACACAAUGCAUUUCAGAAAGUCUGCAUCUUAUUUUACAGAUAUGUAGCUCUAGAAUUUACAGAUAUAGCUUAGGAAAUGUUCUGAGAUUGAGGCUGGUAGCAAACAAGUUUAUUUUCUGCACUGGACUUCAGGAUAAGUGUGCAUAGAUGCAAUUCCUUCAAAGAAAGUGAAACAUGGUAGAGCAAAGGGAUAAUACUUUCACACAUUCAAACAGUUGUUUGCUAUCUACAAACCUUGAUUUAAGCAUAAUUAUUACUUUUUAGAAAUCUGAAACUGGAGGAAUGUGUAUUUUAGUAAGGUUUGUUUGUUGAUUUAUUUGUUUCCCUUUCUCUCUUUCUUCUCAAGAUAGUAAAGGAUUUUAAUUUCUUAAUUUGAUACUGUCCGCGGACAGUCAAAUAACUGCUCACCCUUACUGUAUUAUUUUCCCCUGAGAAAGAAAAGCCUUCCAUCCUACCAUGAAGGAAUUUUUCCUCCACAAAAAUCUUAUCUUCCAUUUCAAAUAGCACUCAUGAGCUUUUAAGAGAGAAAUUCUCUCUUUGCUUUGAGGAUAGAAUAGUUAAAACAAAAACCUGUUCCUUGAGAAAGAAACCCUAUUUACCUAAACUAACAGGUCUGGGGCCAAAGAAUAGAUAUUUUUUUAUUGAUUGCAGACGAAGACCAUGCAUUUUGUACUACAAAUCCUUAUUGCCUCCUCAAAUCCUUUUUGGAAUAAGGCUGGAAAUAAAUUAGUUUAAUUAAAUUCUUUGGGUAUUUCUAAUUAAUAUCUACUGCAAGAUACCCAGGAAAGAAAAGGAAGGGGUGCUGCUAAAAUGCCAAAAUCAAUUGAUCUGUUGAUUUUUGUCAUUGUAGUUGUUGCUUUUAUAGCCAUUUCAAGACUGUAUGUGUUCAUGAAGUCUUAAGUAGAGAAACAUCUGUUUCCCCAUUGCUUCUCUCUCCUUCCCCACACCCCUGCACCUGCCCCAACCCCAGGCACUAGAGGGGACAGUAACAGAGGAAGAUUGGCACUGCAUUGCCAGUACUUCACCCAUCUAUACCCCUCCACCACAAAAGAAGGAAAAAACAAAUUAGAAACUAUUUUUUAAAAAAAGGAAAUUGUAGUACUUCAUUUGAAAGCAUACUGUUUUCAACUCAACUCAGUUAACAGAUAGCCUGACAACGUUUUUGUAACCUGUCUUUUGUGCUGUGAUUGACAUUCUUGUCUCAAUCUUUAAAAUAAUUGCAAUUUCAAUUAAGUGAACAGAGAAGAACAAAGAGAGGGAACAGGACAAUGUGAUGGGACCAAAUUUGAUACAGGUCUGGAUUCCUAAAGCCAGUUGUCAAGGUUACCAGAGAAAGUUAGCACUACUCACCCCUUGUCGUUCUUGCCUGUCUCUCAUUAUUACAAUUCAAAGAAUUAGUAAGGUAACUAUACUUCUUUGUGAUUAAAGAUUUCUCUUCAUGCUGCCAAACACAUCUAGAGAAAUUGUAGAAGCUCCUGACUUGUAUACCUAAUGUGCUGUCCGGGCACAAGAGGAGUGUACAGAGAGAUCACUGAAAAUAAAAUAAUAGUUCAAAUUUGAGAUAAGAUUUUCCUGUAGUUCAAAGUGCUUUAUGCAUGUUCACAACUAGGGGAAUCUUUGAAAACAAAGGCUAGUUACUCUGCUCUUGCUCUCCUUGGGACAAACUUUAAUUUGGAACCAGCUGUAGAUUUGUAGGCGAAAAUUCUCAAAGGUAUUUUCAGCUGCUAAACUUCUUCUUUAGGCCCACUGAUUUGAACCUCAGUUUUCCUGAGGAGCCUAUUGAGAUAUAAAUUAAGGGUAAUUUGCAUAUAUCUAAUUAAAAUUGUUCCUGCACUAUUGUUGAAAGAAUUAUGGUUUUCAGAGUAGAUGAAAGCAGGAUGUCUUAGUAAUCUUCAUCAUGGCAAACAAAGAUGAGAAGCUGAUAUGAUAGAGAAAAUCUAUGGUAACUUGAUAUUUUAAGGUAAUUUGAGUGUGCUGACCCCACUAUGCUUAAUUCCUUUGUUCCCACAAUCUAUUUUAAACUACACUUUGAUUCUCUUGAGACUUAUAGCAUGCAUGUGUGGGUAUGAGCAGACAAGCAGACGUACCUUUGGAGGGUACGUCUGAAGAGACAGAUUCCUGAUGAUGAUCAAAUACAAAUCAUUUUUCCAGAAUCACUCAAUAUUGCCACAUCCCAAACUAAUUCUAGACUAAUCUUAAGAAAGAAGUAAGCUCCUUAAGAAAUCCUACUAUGAAUGUUUUUUCUUCUUAUGAAAUAACACAAGAAGAGGUACAAUGCAGACUCUUAAUUUUGCUGUAAUAAUUCACUUUUAUAUUUAAUAAUUAUACUUCUGUGUGAGUGUGUCACUGAGCUAUUUGUACCAAUUUUCAAUUGAUCAUUCUGAGAGGGGCCUUGAGAAUUUCUGUAUAUGUGUAUGUAUAUCUGUAUUUAUGUGUAGUCAGAAAAAAAAGAGAAUAGGAGACUAAUGAGGUGAGGGAAAAAGUGAUCAAUGUAGAAAAGUGAGUGCUCCUAGUGUACCUAUUUAUGUUAUGUAAGGUGGCUGCUGCCUGUAGCCCUUGAGGAAUAGCUGAUUGCACUAUUCAAAAAUAAAAGCCCAGCACUGUUAAAUUUAGGACCAUGUUUCAAGAAACAGGAAAGCUUUAUCUUUUUCUGAACCCAUUCCCCUUAGCAUCAGAGCCAUCUGACAUGAUGAAAACUAUUAAGUAAAAACCACUACUGACCUUUACAUUAAAUGGCUGUUUUCCUCUUCUAAAUAAUAACCUUUAUUUUAACUAGACUACUUCCUUUUAUUUUCUGCCUAUUGGCUUAAUGUUUUACUGAAAAUACAUAGGUGCAUGCUAGUUUCUCUACUUUGAGCUGAAACAAACAGGAGCAACAAAAGAGAUGACUCACCUAAGUGUGAGAUAGACUGAAUUUCCCACUUUUGUAGCACUGGUAACCUUUGUAAGAGCUGUUUAGAGUUGAGCUUUGGGUUAUAAUAGGGCUUUUUUUGCACUAAAUAUGACUGCACUGCAUUGCACUACUGAAAUGUACUUACUUGUGCUGGGAGAGAGUGUGUUAUGCAUGGGAAAGAAAAAGGCAAGUUAUGGAAGUAGGAGCAUCAUUAAAAUGCAGUUAUUUUCAUCAUGCUUGAUCUUAGCAGGGUUGGUGAGAAUCUGUGGAAUCUCUGUCAACUCUUGAUCAGGCCUAGGAACUGCCAUGCUGAUAGGAUCUGUUUUCUUAUUGUAAAGAAGCUGAGUUAGUACAGCAAAUUAAGAACAUUUAAGAAAAAGUUUACCCAAUCUUGUUUCCGACUGAGCUCUCAGUAAGAGUUUUAAUAGUGAAGAAGCCAACUGAUAUGAUGUAGGAGUCUUUGUCUUGGCCUACUCCACAAAGCCCCUUGCUUGUGCACAUUUUAGUGUGGCAGAGGGCAGUAGGAUGUGCUCCUUUCAAAAACGCAUAGCCUUGUCCAUAUUGGAAUUACCCUUUCAGCCUGAUUAUGCUUCUCCAUCCCUGGGUGAAACCUAGAUCAGGCUAACCAAAGAGGAAGGCCAUGCAUGUGGUAAAGUCCUUUAAGAUGACAGAUAGGGAACAGUGCAAUAAACACUGAAAACCAGUGAAAUGAAAGGUUUAUUUCAAAACAAGCUAGGCCAACUUGGACAUUGGAGGAUGGAUUAGAACAUACUAGCUGCUCCAUCAUAGACUAUGCUUACUAAGCAGAAGACCUUAAUAGUGCCUAAAAGUUUAGUUUUGAAAUUGGUUUUUUUCCUAACUUUUCUUUGUUAAAUUUAUUUUUGUUAUCUUUUUUAAUCUUAGAAGUAAUCAGAGUUUGACAGCUCUUUAUUAACUGUUAAUAAAAGAAUCUUUCAUCACAGGAUAAGCAAUAGAUUGUGUGGGAAAUAAUAACACAAGAGUAAAGAUGCUGAAGGACUCUUCCAGAAUCCAAAGUGACAGUUUUGAAGGUUCUGGCACAGUAGGAAAGGAUCACAACCCAUAUAAAUGGCUAAUGUUGAAUUUCUCUGAACACUAUCACAUGUGGGGAAUCAAUUUGGAAAACUCUCAAUUGAGGCCUAUUUCCUAAGAUUACAACAUUGAUAACCUGUCUUUUUCUCUCUCUUCUUUACUAUCCGUCCAAGUCUACUAUUCCAAGUUUAAAUAUUGUUCAGAAAGUUGUCAGCCUUGUUAGUCAGAAAAACUCCAUUUAGAGCCAUCCAAACUAGCAUAAGAAAUUCCUUAAGCACUCAAAGCAUUAUCUCUGUUUUAAAUAAGAAACUAAAUCCAGAGCUUUUAACAGGUACUUAGAAAUAGGUAUUGGGUAAUCACUAAGAGGACAUUGACUGCACCAAACCAAAGCUAUAGAAAGAAAUGAUUGACUUUUUAAAAUAUAUUCACAUUAACUGUCCUAGGAUACUUCUCUUGAGGCUUUGGGAAACUUCUUCCUUGAAAUUUGCAUAUCCACUCCAGUUCUGUCACCAAAGAUUUUAAUCUUGAGAGCCCAAUUUCCUCUCUCUCAGAAAAAAAGUACUACAACAGGCUCAAGGGAUACGCUUUGGUGGUCAAGGGAUCACACUUUGGUUUUCCUUCUGUUAACAAUGGUAUUUACAGGAGACCUUGUCAUCAGAGGACGUACUGAACUAUCUUUAUGACAUUGGAUUUGAUCAGAGGUUUAAAAAAUAGAAAAAAAAAACAACACUACUUGACACUGUAAAUGAUCUUUAAUAGAGUCAUGACCUGGAGACUGAUGGAGAGAAAGAAACUUCCAUGGAAGAGAGUGAGCUAAAUCAUUUAGAACCAAACAAAGGUCACUGAUGAAACACAGGGCAGCAUGUACACAGUGCAGAUCAGGGUUCUGUAUGGCCAGAGCCAACAGCAGUGACCGGUGGGAGAGUCAGACAACUGGCCAAUGAAUUCAAGUAUUGAAAAAGCUACAGUCUGGGUUUUGUUGUGAUUGCUGGAGUGGUUGAAACGCCCAUGCCCAUGGCAAGGAAAAUGCUUGGAGGCUGAUCUGUUGUGAUAGUGCCUUUCUUGUCGUAGUGAGUACUAGAUUAGUAAUUUAUUCAGUUACGCUUUUCUGGACCAUUGCCUCCAGUCUUCUGAGGAGGUUUGAAGGGAUAGUAUCCACUUAGGAUGAAGGGACAGGAUAUUACUCUGGAAUGCUGUGAUUUGAUGAUAUUUGCACUAGAUUCUAAACUCUCCUUUAAACUGGAGCAACUGACUGAGAGAAAAACCAAGGACAGCUCAAAGUUAAAAGAAACCAAAAGCAGUAUUUUCUGACAGAUACCAUUUCUUUUUCUUCUUUUUUUUUUUUUCCUGGAAGAAAACUUCACACUAGUUGGCUACUGAGCUCAACUCUUACGAGUUCUUUUUCUUUAUUUUUUGUUUCCAUAUGGAACCAUCUGUGUGAAUUAGUCAUCAGUUAGGUAUAGUUAAUGUAAAGAGCCCCUGCCAUUGAAAGUUUGCACACCUUCUCUGCUUUAUUGAAGGCAAGGACCAGUGAGCAGUGGUAGCAGGGGAGGGACCCUCCAGAACCACCCAGCCCUCCAGGAGGCCAAUAAGCAUGGAUAUCAUGUCAGGAGCUGAGCUGACAUAUAUUUACUCAGAGGACAUUGGGGUCUGUAGCUAAUCCUAAAGAAUGCUCCACAACAGAAGGAAACCAAUGCAUUGUAGAAAACAAAAGGAGAUGGUGCCCGAAGUCUGCCUGUUUCUCUUCUCUUUUCUUUCCCAUCUCACCACCAUGUCCUCUCUAACAGAAUUAUAUUUCAUCUCAUAUAUUAUAUGUUACUAGAAAAGUCAUUUGGUUCCUUGAUUUCUCUCUUUAUCAGUGGGCUGGAAAUUCCUCCAAAUUAAAUACAAAUACCAGUAGCAGCUCACCUGUGUCCAGCCAGUUUCUCAAAUGCUGUCCACCUGGUCUUACUGUCCACCUAACAUAACUUGGAGGCUUUGGCUGGCUCAACCACCUGUUCACUUUAUUUUGUUUCCAUUUCCAUUUGAACUUGAAGUGAGGCUAUGGAAAGGUGGAAAUCAUGGGCAAGGUUUGGAGGCUGCAAUUCUAGGGCAUAGCUUGUCAGGAGUUUAUAUUAUCUAAAAUAUAUCUUUCUAUACCCCUUUUCAUUUUAAUCUGUUGCCCUGAUUAUAAUUUCUUUACAUUUGUGGUUAUUUUUAUAAGAAUAGAGUCCAUUUGCUAUGUCUAUUUGAGUACUUUUUUUCUAUUGUCCCCACAUGGAUGCAGUACCAACCUGUUAAUGAAAUAUCUUUUUAUUAUAUUAUUAAUAUGUAAUUCUACUGUAGACCAAAAAUAUAAAAACAAAUUUGUUCAUUUUAAAGAUAUAAAGAACUAGGGAGUAAAAGAUUAAAAGUUGAAGGAAAAGACAGAGGAGCAGUGGUUAACUAUGUUGAGUUAGAAAUCUAAGAGUAGCCUUACCUGUUUUUUAACCAGUGCUUGCCAAUCAUACCAUAGUUGGAAUUAUGUAGUCUUGGCUCCUUCAUGCUUAUGUUCUAUAAUUCUUGUUUGUCCAUUUGUUUUCUUUGAUGUAAUUGAGGUUGCACAUCAUGCUAUUCUUGGCAAUGCCUGAUUCUAUUGUAUUGUACUUUUGUUAGUCAUUUCCUUUAGAAAGAUGGGGGGAAACGUUUAUUUCUUCUUUUAAUUUAAAAUUUGUUUAAUGCACUGGAAAUAAAAUUGGACACAUUUCACUGUUUAAAAAAUCAGAAACAAAACAAAGCAAAACCAUGAGGGAAAAAACCAGCAAAUAGGCAACAGGGGAAAAAAGCUAUGAAAAAAAUAUAUUUGUACUGAAUACACAUACAAACUACAUCCCACAUGAAAGAUUAAUAUCAUCAAGUAAGAAAAAUACAUAGUUUAAACUACAACGCUGAAAAUAUAAAAGGAACCUGGUAGUUCAAUGAGGGUAGAGAAAACAGAGCAUUCCUCUGAGAGCAGAGAUCUUGUCAUUAUUGCAAUUAAUGCCCAAACAUGUUAAAUGUGGAAGAAAGUAUGGAGGAAAUAACCCCAGCCUUCCUCAUACCUCUGGAUUUCCACAUUACCUUUUAACUUAUGCUUGAGCUCCCUUUUGAGAAAAAAUAUUUAAAAACAAAUUUGCUAUGUAACAAAUUUGUGUGUGUGUGUGUGUGUGUGUAUAUAUACACACUAUAUAUAUAUAUGUAUAUGAGAAAGUGGUUUGUCAAGAUGUAUGUGUACAGUACACACAUGGACACGCUUCAGUCCUCUGACUUCCCAUGUGCUACUUCAUGUGUUUCUCUUCUCAUGAGGAUUUGCAAUGGAUAGUUGUAAAACCUGGGGACUGUCAGUGACUCAUUGGUAUCAGCAUAUGCUAAAGAAGCUCUUGAAUUCAAUCUUGAAACCUGAUCUCCCUUCUUCAACAUUCCCCAAUACCAAACUGGCCCGUUUACCCAUACAAAUGCACAGUAAAGGGAAGAACAGCGGUAUUUUUCCUCAACUGACUCUAUCAUUUGUUUAAUGUUUGCUGGUUUUUUUUCUGGUUUUGUUUCGUUUUAGAGCAGGGGUGGGAGUGGAUGUAACUUCACAAUCCUAAUACAGUAAAUGUUUUGCAUCUUCCAUGUUUUAUGCAAAAACAGACAUUUAAAUCAAUAAAUAAUUGUGCCCUAGACUGAAAGUUAAUGUUUAGGAGAGGAAAAAAAUUGUUGGAAUUUUUUCUACAUUUUUUUGUGAAGAAUCUUUUUUGGAAAGGAAGGAUACAUAUUUUUGUUGUGUAAUAUUUUCUAUUUUUGAAUGCAUUUUAUUGGUACAAGACUGUUUUUUUGGUGAAGACAUUAUUUAAAAAAAAAAAAGAAAAAAACUAAUCGAAAAGUUUGCCCUUAAGGAUAUGCUGCAGUUUUGAGGUUAAAAAAAAAUAACUGAUUCAAGAUGCGUGUUAAAAGUUGGGAUUAUAUUGUUGUUUUUGUAAUUGUUACAAGAAGAAGUUUGUACCCACUGCUGUUUAUUUUGUUUCAGAUGAGUAAGUAAAGGGAUUGUUCUUGUUUUAUUCUUUUUUUAGAGAAAAAAACUAUUUAUGAAAUGUCAAAAACACUGGACUGUGAGUUUAAGUGUGGAAGCAUUUUACCACCCUGUGUCUUCAACCAAUUAUGGGAAACCCCUUUUCUCUUCCCCCUACCCCCCGCCUUAGCCUUGCCAAAUGAGAAAAAUAUAACAGCUGUCAGAUGAUCAAAGCCACCGAAGCCCUGCUUUAAUUUUUAUGGUUUGAAAAAGUUGGAAAACCAAAGUUAAAUUUGUUUCUGAAAUCCUGCUGUGCGUUGCCCUUUUUUGUAUGACACAGCCAGGCUCUGCCUCUCUAUCUCAAAUCAUUGCCUUCUUAGGGACUGGGGGCCAACCUGAUGCAAAGAGAGGCAUAAAGGUGGUGAGCCUGAGAGUUGAGGUCUCACGAAGUAAAAUGUGAGUGGGACUUCACCUUCUCAGUGGGCAACCACACUUUCCCAUCCUGAAAUGAGGCUGCCAAUAGAGCACACUGCUAACACUGCCAGAGAAGAGCACGCCUCCCGUCUCCUUCACCCUCUGCUUCUGAGACCCUCCUGUUACUGUUAUCAUCGUUCUCUAGCAUGGCUCUGCCUUUCUCAGCAGCCCACAUUCCAUGGAUGGGAGCAGCGGGGCAGGGACCCAAAGGAGGGAAAUGGCUGUGGGUGGUGUGAAGGCCCCCCAGCCCUCAGGAAGGUGGGGCAAGGGACCACUGAGCACAAGGGAUCUUGCCCACCUCCUCUUUGACUCUGUGGAUUGUCCAUCCAUCUGCUCACUGUGAAGAUGGAGAGGCAGUGCCCUAAGGCUGUUCAAUAGCUUUUCCAUAUUUUUUCAACAUUGAAAAAAUAAUUUUUAAAAACUGUGAUUUUUUUAAAAAAAUCAUUUGGCUGGAGGGAAGGGAAAAGGGAAACACCAAAAGCUGUACCAUGAUGAACUGGAGAUAUUUAACUGGGGCACUUUCUAGACCAAGACAAACAAACUCCUUUCUGGACUCUAAAGCAGCCGAAUCUUGAGACUGUCAAUGACAGAAAGCUGAAGAGAGGCCUCUAUUUCUUCCUUUCUCCUUUCUUCUGUCUAAAAACUCUCUCUUGUUCCCAUUUUCCAGCUUCCCUUGGACUACUGCCCCAGUGGCCCCUUGGACUCGCAUUUCAUGUAUGCGAGCACACACACACACACACAAACUUGCAAAAUACCAUUUUUCUUAAGGAUUGUGGGACCGAAUAAUAUCAUGUGCCUUCAUCUUUUCCUUUUAUAGUUAGAUGAACCUCCUCCUCUUUACAAUUUUUAAAAAAAAAUGAUAGGGGAGGUUGAAGUGUUAGUGGAAGAUUUGGGCAUCGUUUGAGAAGUAACUUUUGUUUAGCACAUUCCCCCUAAACAUUGAACACAAACAUUUCAACCCCUUCAUGACACUCUUUGGACAUUUAAAGCAUUGAGUAACCAUGUACAUGACAGCCUAAAUCCAUUUGAUUUCAGAGCAUUUCCUGAACAUUCUAUUUCAUAGACUUCUUUGAUUUUUUCAAAAAUGAGGUGAGCAAUGGCAAGCAGCCUUGUUCUCCCAAUUUGGUGCUUUUGCUUUUGGUGUGGGGUGGGGAAGGGGGGUUGGGGGGGGUGUGGGUGUGUUUAGAAAAAAGGUGCAUUCCUGAAGAUCUCUGGUGCUGAAGGGCCUCGAGUUCCUUUCAAAGACUGUAUUUGACACACUUUAGGUACACACAAACGAAUGGUAUCACAUGCAAUAUUUUAAUGGAGCAAUGGGAGAGGCUCUUUGAAAUGGGGUUUGCAUCUUUUUGUAACAUUUUGAUUUCUCUGGUGCCUUAUUCCUACUUGAUGCUGGCACUCACAUACCCACAAGAAGCUGACUCAGAAGUCAGCCUUAGGCGUGGGGACAUAUGGGUGAUGUUUGAGCAUGCAGGGCCCAUGGGGAGUUUGGUGUCAGCUGGUGGAGAAGGGACUAGAUGGCAUCUCUUAGCCAAGGCCAACAGGAACUGCACAAGUCCAUUAUAGUCAAAGUUAGCAAUUUUGAUACGUAAACACAAUACUUCCUUCUUCUUCAUCUGAGCUUUCCUUCCUUCUUCCUUUUCUAUCUCUACCUUCUCAUAAAGGUGCUGCUGUUGCUGCUAAGGUGCCCAGAGUCCAGAAUGUCCAUUAAUCACUCAGGCACAAGCCUGGCACUGCCACGUCAGCCCCCAGCUUGACCAAACCCAGGUUUCUCUUGCUUGGGGCUGAGAACUGUCAGAUUUUUCUCAUCAAAAAUGUUUUCCAAGGAAUCAGUGGAUUACAGUUUUUCUGCAUUGAAAAUGCACUUUAAAAAAUAAAUUAAAGCUCCAGACUGUUUAAAAUAUACAGAGGGAGCAGGGGAAAGUUAAGCAUGUGCUAGUGUCUGAACCCAGUUCAGUUUAUCUCCAGUUGAAACCAUAUACACUAUAUUAUGUAUAAAUGUAUACACACUUCCUAUAUGUAUCCACAUAUAUAUAGUGUAUAUAUUAUACAUGUAUAGGUGUGUAUAUGUGCAUAUAUACACACAUGCACAUAAAAAAAUCAGAUGCUCAUUACAAAUCCAGAUGCUCAUUACAGAACCAGAUGCUACACAAACAGCAGCAGAGGAAACAAGGUUGGACUCUUGCAACAGAUCACAAAAAAUAAAAACAGCUACUUGCAGUGACUUUGGUCAUUUCUGUAUGUUCAUAAAGAAUGGAUUGUAACAAGGAAAAAAAGGAACAGUGUUAGUGAAAAAGGAAAAAUGGGCGAAACCAUCUUGAUCCGAUGCGAAUGCAGUAAUGUUCUAUAUCAUUUCAUCAGUUAUUUCUUUUAGUCAUGUUGAUUUGAUUUCAGUUUCUGGCUAUGAAAAACAUUUUUAAACUCAAGUGACCCACAACAAACUGAACAAAACUACUACAGUGAAAGCCCUUUUCAGUGAAAGACGUCAGAAACCUCAAAACCCUUGGCCUGACUCAGAACUACCAUGUGAAAAUCAGUACUCUCUUAAUGUUUGAAAUAAAAACUGAAAAAAAAAAAAAAAAAAA